AUGCUAUCAAGGGAAGAGGAAAUGGAAAAACAGCGUUCUCGUGUGGAGUGGCUAAGAGAAGGUGAUCGUAACACAGCCUUCUUCCAAGCCAAGUCACGAGAACGAGCUAAGGGUAACCAGAUCAACGCACUUCUGCAUGCGGAUGGAGUAAGGGUAUCUGAGCAGGCUGAUAUCGAAGAAAUGGCGAGGCAAUUCUAUACUGAACUGUUCACUGCUCAAGCACUUCUGGAGACUGACACGAUUCUUAACUGUGUCCCAAGGAAAGUUACGCCUCAGAUGAACGAGGAGUUAAUGAAACCCUUUGCCGCCGAGGAAGUUCAUAGUGCACUGUUUAUGAUGGGUCCAAACAAAGCGCCUGGACCUAAUGGUUUCACAGCGGGUUUUUUCCAGUACCACUGGCACUUGCUGGGACCUAGUAUCACUAGAGCAGUGUUGAACUUCCUUAAUGGAGGGGAAUUGCCAAGCGAGGUAAAUAUGACGACAAUUGUGCUUAUUCCCAAAAUUAAGAAUCCUCAGGAGAUGAAAAAUUUUAGACCAAUUUCACUCUGUAAUGUCAUCUACAAGAUUUGCUCUAGAAUUCUUGCUAACAGACUUAGAUGUUUUCUUGAUGAAAUUAUAUCUGAAGAACAGAGUGCUUUUGUCCCUGGAAGACUGAUUACAGACAACGUGUUGAUAGCUUAUGAGUGUACACAUUAUCUGAAGAGGAAGAAAGGUAAACUGGGUGCUUGUGCAGUCAAGCUUGACAUGGCAAAAGCUUAUGAUCGUGUUGAGUGGGUUUACCUGCAAAGGAUGAUGCUAAGACUGGGUUUUCAUGAGGAUUUUGUCUCUCUUGUUAUGAGGGGUGUCAUUUCAGUUUCUCUGUCAGUUCGUGUGAAUGGAGUCCUAACUGAACCUUUCAGACCAACUAGGGGGAUUCGACAGGGUGACCCUAUUUCUCCCUAUUUGUUCCUGUUAUGUGCUGAGGGUUUAUCAAGUUUACUUAAAUCAAGAGGCCCGGUGUAUCUAUCCAGAGGUGUGCGCGUGGGCAUCCACGCCCCCUGGAUUUCGCACUUGCUCUUUGCGGACGAUUGCAUAGUUUUUUCUGAAGCAUCACAAAGAGGGGCCUCUCGCUUGCAAGCGAUACUUGAUAUCUAUGGUCGGGGUUCCGGCCAGUUGGUUAACCGAGAUAAGUCAGCUAUCUUCUUCAGUAAGAACUGCUUGGAUGAAGCUAAGGCUGAAGUCAGGCUCGCUCUGAACAUUAACACCGAAGCGUUGGCUGAAAAGUACUUAGGCCUCCCAACGGCAAUGGGACGGUCUACCUCAGAAGCUUUCGAGUUUAUUCCAACAAGAAUCAAGAAGUUAAUUGGAACAUGGAGUGGGAGGGAGGCAAGUCAGGCUGGGAGGGAAGUGCUGCUAAAAUCAGUGGCCCAAGCCAUCCCUACCUAUUCUAUGAGUUGCUUCCUGCUUUCAAAGACAACUGGCAAGAAGAUGCGAUCGCCUAUUGCCAACUACUGGUGGGGUGGUUCAGCUGGCAGUAAACAUAUACACUGGCAAAACUGGGAACGGCUCACAUACCCAAAGGCAUUGGGUGGGAUGGGUUUCAGAGACCUGAGAAAUUUCAAUCUGGCGAUGCUAGGGAAGCAAGGCUGGAGACUGAUGGAUAAACCAGAUAGUCUGUGUGCUCGUGUGCUAAAAGGAAGAUACUACCAUGAGGGUGAUUUCCUGACAAGUACACGCAGGAGGCAUGCCAGUCACACAUGGAGAGCGAUUCUUGCGGGCAGUGAUGUUCUAUCCCAAGGGAUGAUCAGGAGGAUUGGCAAUGGAGUAUCAACACAUAUCUGGAGGGAUAGAUGGCUGCCAAACCACUUCGGGGGCCGACCUCUCACGCCAGCAGAUGGGCAAUCUGUUUCUUGGGUAUCUGAACUAUUGUCGGAAAAUGGUCAGUGGAAUUGUGAACUUAUAAAUCAAAUUUUCUUCCCAGUGGAUGCCGAAGCCAUCCUACGCACACCGAUCAGGUUCCAGUCUGAUGAUAUCUGGGCUUGGGAACCAGAGAAACAUGGUGUGUACUCAGUCAAAUCUGCAUAUAGACUGAUUGAUAAAGGCCGCACAAAUGGAGGCCAUCAGGAAGCUGCAGGUGGCUCGGGGAAUUACUGCUGGAGCGAAUUAUGGAAGCUGAAAGUACCACCUAAAGUCAAGGUUUUCUGGUGGCGGGUUCUACAUGAAUUCCUCCCAACUAGACUGGCCCUGCACAGGAAACACAUUGAGCCGAUCGCGAACUGCGACGCUUGUGGUGCAGACUCUGAAUCUAUUCAGCAUGUACUAAUGGAGUGUCAAAUUGCCAAAUCCUUCUGGGAACAGACUAAGAGGAUGACGGGUGUUAAGCUUCCACCUCUACACCCGACAUCCUGGGCGUAUGAUCUAAUUAAGGGCAUGGUGAUAGCGGAGCAAGCCCAAACGAUAAUACUGAUCGGGAUGUAUGCGCUGUGGAUGCAGCGAAACAGGAACAGGCAUGGUGCACAAAUUUGGCCGGUGAAGGUUGCUGUCCAAUGGGCAAUUGAUCUGGCGUUCGAUCUACAGCAAACAAGGAACCUACAAGAUCCAGUGAGGACAUCAAGUCCACGAUGGGUCAAGCCGGAGGCAGGGUGGAUGAAAUGUAACACCGAUGGCGCCUUCUAUGACCGGCAGUGGAAAGGGGCGACGGGUGCUGUGUUGAGAGAUGAAAAUGGUCUGUUCGUACGGGCUUGUGCUCGGUGGUACGACCAUUGUCUUGAUGCCCUUACUGCAGAAGCUCUGGCAUGUCGCGAUGGACUCAAGAUGGCUAAACACAUCAACGCUGACAGAGUCUGGUUGGAGACAGAUUCCCAGGAGUUGCUGCGCCUGUGGCAAGCUGGCCAAAACCAGAGAACUAGCGUUGAGGGAGUCCUGGCAGAGAUUAGAGAAUUGAGCAGGGCUUUUAUAGAUUUCAAGUUCACUGUUAUAGCUCGUUCUUGUAAUGAGAGAAGAACAGAGAUCAUGUGUGCUCCUGCUUUCACGGUUCCGGGCUGCAGGAUUGCGUCGCGGAUCACCGGUCGCGUCACGGGACAGGAAGCAACAUCUGUUGACGACGGCAAGACUUGGAACGCGCAGGACGUUUUUGCAGUGUCCUCCGGCGGGUUCACAGGACGGACCUGCUGCAUUUUCCCUUGCAUCCUGCCUGAUUUUUUCACUGUGGGGGAAAACCGAAAGGGUAGCCUAGGCCUUGGCCUUGUUUAG